AUGAACGAGAGGCAGAUUUUCUGUGACUACUCGACCGCUGGCAAAGGACAGACUUCUUCCGAUGACGAUGACAGUUGCUCUUGCCGUACUGUGGAACUUGAUUUGGACUCAGCUGUGAAGGAUCAGCAUGUUCCCAGAUAUUUCUACGACAUAAUCAUCGGCAUCAGCUCUGAAAUGAGCAGUUCACGUAUCGCCGUUCUGCAUGACCUCCUAAUCCCUGGAGGAAUAGUCAUCGUCAUUAUCUUGAACGACAUUAAGGGGCAGCUACCUAGGGAGCAGGAUUCGUGGCGCGCCUCGGUGGGCAAACAUUUUCGUUCUAGCAACGUUUUAGCGAGCUGCAGAUAUUUCAUUAUCGAGGCACAAAAACAAACUUUACAACUCCCCGAGAUCCGGGAUAACGGCUACGAAAAAAAGGGACCUCCAAUGCUGUCGUUUCGCUUGGGCGGGGAGUUAGGCAUUCGAAACGAAAUCCUCCAGCUACAGAGCUCUGGCACAGCAGUAAUCUGGAUUGAAUCAACCACAGAUGUAUCAGGCGCUGCUGCACGCGGCUUUUGUCGAUCGCUGAGGCGAGAAAUUCUCGGAACAAAUGUUCGUCUUGUGCUUUUCAACGAGACAUGGUUGACACGAGAGCGAAGCGUGUAUAUUGGCUGGCUGUCAAGCGUCGAUGGCCUCGAAAACGAGUCCGAAUUCCUUGUGGAGCGUAACGGGCAACUCCUCCUUCCUAGACUGGUCCAUUCACUGUCGUUUGAAACUCCACAAGAUCCAUCCAUUGAUUCUAUCAGGUAUUGGACUGCAACAGCUACGGAAUCCAUUGCAGCAAGUCCUUGUCCGCGUGUUCCACCGAACCAUGUGCUUUUGUCCAUUAGUCUAACAUCAGAACCUGACGGCAACGUACGAGGCUUAUAUGGAAGAAUCAUCGAUGCGGGUGAUACCCAGUGGCACAUUCAUUCCUACGUUACAGCAAUUGCUUGUGGUCCGCUAUCGAACUUCGCUAUCGUCCAUACAGGGCAGGUUCUUGCUCCUCGAUGGAAAGAUCAGCUCGGAGCGUUGGUUCCAAUCUUCAUUGCCAGCUCUUACCUUGGCUUCGGAUCGUUGAAAGAUCGUCGCCGCGUCCAGAACCGAAGAGCAGUGCUAUUGUUUGGGAAUGAGGAUCGAUCAUGCCUUCCGGAAAGGCUUACUCGAGUAUUCGAGUAUUUCGGCAUGUCUACUAUCGUUGUUGUGGGUGCCGCUCCCCAACUCCUGGAACUCUUGAAACCAGGCGACUUGGUUCUUUCGAACUAUAAUGAACAUCACAAAAGCAUACGGAGCAUCUGUGAUUUUGUGGGUGCAUCAUUGUAUCUUUGGGAUGAUCCAGUGAAUGGAAUAUUGGAGGAAAUCAAAAGGAAUCCAUGGACAGUUUCGGAUAUCUUCGACAUACUCCUCGAUACCAACUUCCCUCCGUCAGUGCUAUCGGGCUCAUUCCAAACACCUUCUGAUCUGGUUGCGGCGCGCGCGAUCAAAUUUUGUCUCUUUCGUGAGGACGUCUUUUAUCUCUUGCACGGAGGAAUAGGCUCUUUGGGCUUACAAGUUGCCCUAUGGAUGUAUCAGAAAGGUGCUCGAAAGAUAGUGCUUACAUCUCGUACCGGAGGGCAGGCGUUGUCGAGGAAAAAUCCUGCAUCCUUCAAUCUUUUGACAUAUCUUUCGGAGCAGCAGGACUUGGAAUUACGUCUGGAAUGCUGCGACGCCAGCUCUCUUUCAGACAUGCAAAGGUUAAUGUCGAACCUUCCGGGUCGUAUCGGUGGAUGCAUUCUACUUUCGGUCAUUUUGGAGGAUAGGUCAUACGUAAAUCAUACCUCGGAGACCUAUAAUCGUGUCUUUCCAGCCAAAACCGAAGCAUUUACCGUCCUAGAGAAAACUAUCGCGAUCGAACAACUCGAAUUCCUAGUGACUGUAUCAUCUGCCGCUAUUUUCGGAAGUGCAGGGCAAACGAACUACUCUAGUGCCAAUACUGCAGUAGACUUCAUGAUUCGCCGCUAUCCUAACGCAUUUGCCUUAGUGGCACCCGCUAUCAUUGAUAGUGACACUGUUAUCGAUCCAAAUACAUUACUCCCUCGCCCAUCUUUGGAACCAUGGGCUCCAUGGGCAAUGACCAGUCGACACCUGUGCGCCUGCCUGGAAGACGGCCUAGAGAGAAUGCGGAAUCAAGCAUUUUGGUUAUAUAUUCCAGAUUACUCCUGGAGCGAGUUCCAGAAAUUUUGCGGACCAUCGUCUCUAUAUGAUCAUCUGAUUCCCAUGCCAUCUAAGACUGUGGUGGAAUCCCAGAACCAGCAAGGGGUUCUCUCCCAGAUCGAACGGCUAGUCUGCGAUUCACUCGGUUUAUCCAUCGAAGAGCUUUCCCCCGACGUUCCCCUCACCGCUUAUGGAUUGGAUUCGCUGUCUGCUAGCAGACUAUCUGUAUCACUGCGUCAUUUCUUGCCCAUCACUCAACUACAGCUUCUCGGAGAUAUUAGCCUCCGCGACAUCUUAACAUUGAUACGUCGCACAACCAAUCCCAUAAAAGACAACCGAAAGCUAUUCGACUGGCGCAAGUUGAAUCUCCCUGGAGAAACUGUUGUCAAGCUCGUUGACACAGAGGGAAUACCGCUCGUCAUCAUACAUGGAGCAAGCGGUAUCAUUUUGGCUUUCAAAGGCAUGCAAGAGGUCUUUGACACGCCUCUAUAUGCAUGUCAAAUCACGCCCGAUACACCCGUCUCCUCAUUGCAGUCCAUGGCGCUGUUCUAUUUCCAAAAAAUCAAGUUGGCUGUUCCGAAUGGACCUUAUCGUCUGGCUGGGUACUGCGGAACUUGCCUGCUAACUUUAGAAAUCGCGCGGAAUUUCGAAAGCAAUGGAGAUGAAAUCGUUCAACUCGCUUUCGUUGAUUAUUCUCCAGCACUCUACACUUCGCCUAUUCUCUGGGAAUUUGAUGCGCCAUCCCUUCAGAAUAAAGUCGCUAGCAUCCCGCUAGUGAACAAACUUCUUGACAUCAUGCUGACACUGUAUGAAAUAUCCACGUCGAAGACACAUUUAGAUAUUGCUAGGGAUCUCAGGAAGGUCGCCGCUGGACAUGUCGAGCGUGAGCUCAUGAUGAGCUAUUAUCAAAUCUUCGGCGACAUCUGCAGGACAAUCACACGGUUUUUGAUCGAAUUAGGGGAGACCAACGGCGCCUUCUCAUACCACACAUUGCAAGUAGAGUUGACGACUUUGGUGAAGAGCAUAAAGGCAUGCUCUAUAAUGACCGUGUUCGUGGCCUCGCAUGGAAUGAUCCAGAGCCUUGGUCAGCCUUCGGAUGAAUGGAAAGACCUCGGAUGCAGGUCAAUCGUUCCAGAAGCUCAGGUCAUCUUUGUGGAAAGCGACCACAUAACGGUCUUAGAUCAGGUUGCAGAUAGAUUACAACGGGAAUGGCGCAAUGUUUAA